UUCUUUUCGCCGGCGUUGCGACUUUCAGAAAGUCGAAACUUUUGCCAGUUCCCGUGAAUGAAAAGGUCUGGCGUUUGAAUGUAUGUGGCAGAAAGGGGCAGUAAAAGCGACCCGUGAGAGGAAAAGUGAAGCCUCUGCUGGGAGUACUUCUCUCUUCUGCCGUCGACGUAUUAUAACCUCGACACAAUCAGGAAGUCCGGCCGCUUUUCAUCCGUGAUUGAGAGAGAAACCCUUGCUAGAAAGGGUCUAGGCCGUCUUUUAACUAUCAAUUAUGAGGCCUCAGCUCCUUUAAGGCUCGCUUAUUAUUUAUUGGUGUGGUUUAUCGCACUGGUUGGAACUUGUAAGUCGCUGUUUUGAGCCGCCGUCGUUCACCCGGAACACCUGGAUUUUGAUUUGAGAGAGAGAGAUGGAUGCUCCUCACCUCACUGAAGACGAAAUGGCAGAGAUUAAGAAAGACGUGCUGACGAGACUGCGGCCCUACCUCUGUGACAAGAUCCGGGCGGACCGCCACCUCGACUUCCUGCGCUCCCGGAGGAUCCUGACCCGGGACGACGCGGAGGAGAUCAGCUGCCGGAGCACGCAGACCAAGAGGACGGCGACGCUGCUGGACAUCCUGGCGGAGAACCCUCGGGGUCUGGACGCGCUGAUCGACUCCAUCCGGGAGCUGCGCUCGCAGAACUUCAUCAUCGUCAAAAUGACGGACGAGGUGCAGAAGGCCAAGAACGAGAAGCUCGAAUCCCUCAGAGCUGCAGGGGCUUCCAGUUCGUCCUCUGACAGCAGCUUCAGCACCCUGACCACGACCACCGACCUCCCCAACACCUUCUCCAACAACUCCACCCUCCUGUUCCACCCGGACGGGGAGCGCAGCCCUUCCACCUCAGACCUCGCCAGCUCUCUCAACAUGUCUUCGUUACAGAAGUGCAGAGACCUGCCCUCCGCCGCGGGGGCCAGCCUCGGCGCGGCCCCUUCCUCCUCCUCCGCCUCCUCCAGCCUCCCGAAGCCGGGGGACCCGGGAGCCCCUGCGCUGCCAGACGAGGUCCUGGUGGAGUCUCCCUCCAGCGUAGGCACCUCCUCGCCGGGGUGCACCAGCAGCAGCGGGGGGGAUCCUAAUUUCCAGCCUCUGCGGUCGCGCUCGCUCACCCCAACAUCCCACAGGAACAUCUUUUGAGCUCACCUUCCUCAGUAGGACACUUCUCACACUGCAAAAAGGGAUCUAAAAAUAAGUAAAAUAUUCUUCAAGUUAGCGUAUUUAUGCUUGAUUUGAGCAGGUAAAUAAGAUCAUCUGCCAAUGGAAUGAGUAUUU